AUGGACGAAUUUGCUCAAACACGUGGUGCUGAUGACCUUUUUGACGAUGAGAUCGUUCCUGUAUCUUCAGAGCAACAGGUUGAGCCUGAAGUGAUUGUCCCGGUGGAAGACCCCGAACCUGUGGAGGAGCCACCCAUAGUCGAGAAGCAGACUUCUCCGCGCGCAGAAACUUCACGGUCUCAUACCAGCGAGCGAGGUCGUGAUCGUGGCCGGGGUCGUGGGAAAACGGGAGGACAAGGAGGAGGACAAGGAGGAGGACAAGGAGGAGGACAGGGAGGACAGGGAGGAGGACGCGGUCUACAAGAAUCAAGAUGGGCGCCCAAGCCAGCUGAAAAUAAGCAAAAGCCAAAGACAAAAAGCUCUGCUCCUUCCGUGGAGCCUGUAGGCGAACAAGAGGAUGGAGCGAGCGAGGCCUCCGAUAAAACGCAUGAUACAUCUAAGGAGUCAGAUAAAGAUAAGAGCAAGGGUGAAGCUGCACCAGCACCCGCAGCGCCUGAGUCACAACGUAUGCCUGCUGUUCGUGGCGAUCGAAGUGCCACAGGAGGAAUAAGGAAGCCAAAACUUACCGAGGAAGAGCUGUCCAAGCGCAUUGCGAAUGCCAAAGAAAAUGCUGUGAAGAAAGCCGCAGCUCAUGCCCGUGCUGAGGCUGACCAGGCAUCAUUCAUGGAGCGCGAACAGGUCGCGGCCAAGAAACGGCGUGAGGAGCUGGCGAGCCGUCGCAUCAUGGAUAACGAACGUGAAAAGAAUCGUCAGCGCAAACUGAAGGCCCAAACUGGACGGGAAUGGGAUUCACAAAAGCAGGAAGAGGAUUACAAUCCACGUGGGACCGGUAGUCAGUUUCGACGAGGCAUGCAUGGAGGUGUAUCUGGACACACCCGCCGCGACUUUGAUGAAGGCCGCUCUGACGAGACUGUCGUUCAUAGCAACCCUGGUCGAGGGCGUGGCAAAGGAAGAGGUGGUCGGGGUCGUGGAUCGCGCGGAGACCGUUCAUCUUCCAAAGAGCCUUCUGAAAAGAAAGUCAAUGCCAACAAAAAAAAAUCACCUGCUAUCAAUGACGAUGCCGACUUUCCCUCUCUACCUGUUGCAGAAAAACCCGCUGCAGAGAAAGAAAAGGUGGUGCCUGUUGUUACAAAACCACCUCCUAGUAUGGAAACCUUGGAGGCCACGAUGUCUCCUGUGACUGGCACUUGGGCCGACCAGUUUGAUGAGUAA